AUGUGGAACCAUGCUACUGAAAUUAUUAGGGGUGCUACACGGGAAAUUCUAGGGAUAGGAAAGCGAUGCUCUAGAUGUAAGAGAGAGGCAUGGUGGUGGAAUUCGGGGAUCCAAGAAAGAGUUCAAGCCAAGCAACUAGCUUAUGUGAAGCUACUAGAUACCAAGAUUGAAGGGGAACAAAAGACUAACAAGAUGCCUUAUAAGAUUGCAAAGGAGGAGGCUAAGAAAGCAGUCACUGAGGCUAAGAAUAAAGCAUUUGGAGAUAUGUAUGAGGAGUUGGAUACCAAGGAAGGGGAAAAGGUGUUGUUUAGGUUAGAUAACACGAGAGAACGAAGUUCCAAAGACUUGAACCAAGUAAGGAGCAUCAAAGAUGAAGAGGGACAAGUUCUAGUUGAAGAAACCGAUAUCAAGCUAAGAUGGCAAAGAUACUUUGACAAACUCCUCAACGAGGCUAGAGAAGGUGAAAUAGUAUUGGGUGAUCUAGAACACUCAGAAGGUUUAGAGAAUACAAGUUUUGCGACCCCAUAUCUUUUGAAGAGGUGA